GUAGACUAGUGUAGGGCAUUUAAACUUUAAGGUUAUGAUGGUCAUGCCUGUAAUGCCACCUAGACUGAGCUGUGAGGUGCAUGGAUUUUGAAAUAGUCCAAAAUCCAAAUCCUCAAGAAACAAACAGAACGGCAAUAUAUUCUUUUAGCCUUCCCUUCUCAAGUUCUCAUUCUUUCCUUCUUUCCUUCUUUAUUUUCUUAUGCACUGUCUUACCUGCCCCACACUACUGCUCCAUUUUCCUUUACCCAAAUGAAAUCCAUUACACAAUUAGUUCUUAAAUUCUUUCACCACUGAUCUACUCCCCUUUACCCACUUACAAGACCACCACUCUGCCUGACCAGGCUGACCUCUAAAUGCUGUCACCUAAAAUUUACUCAUAGUUCAGAACUUCAGCCUAGCCUAACUUGCCACGAUUUGAAUUAGAGCAUCCGCAACUGGACUAAAUACUAACAAUUUGUGUGCACCAAGCUGCUAGGACUGGUACAGCAAUUAAAUCCCCCUGAAUUCUUGGAGCUACAUGGAUGUAUCUCUAAAAUCUAAUACUUUAAUAAUUGAAGAAAAAAUAGAGAUCAAAAUGUGGAAAUAUAGCCUCAGUUCAUUAUUUUCAUGUAAAGUAAAUGUUAUGAAUAUACAAUAUCAAACAUAUUUUUGUUUAAAUCUAUGCAAAAAUAGAGUAAAUUCAAAAAUGUCCUACCCCAAUUUAACCCUGUCUUUGAUGGUUAAAUUGUUGACUAUUAAAUUCCCUUUGAUAAUGGCUUCUCCUGAAACAGUUGGGCAAUGCAAUGCUGCGUUCAGUAACUCGGGUCAUUGUGGGGCAGGAAAAGAUGAUUCAAAAUGGACAAGCCCUGCAGAGUCGGCCACUGAUGGAUCUUUGGAACUGCUGAGGAAAAGGCUGUCACCGCUGCAGUUUCAUGUCACCCAAGAAGCUGGUACUGAAAAGGCUUUCACUGGUGAAUAUUACGCCCAUUUUGAGCCCGGCAUUUAUUCCUGCAUCGUCUGUGGAGCUUCUCUCUUUGGGUCAGAAGCAAAAUAUGACUCUGGGAGCGGCUGGCCAUCUUUUCAUUCCACUUUCAAGACUAAAGCAAAAAGCAGCCUUAAUACCGUGCAAAGUUCUGCUGAACAUAUGCAGGCUCAAGUAGAGGAGCAUGAGGGCAAUGUCAUAACUCGGCAGGACACAUCUCACGGCAUGCGGCGCAAGGAGGUGCUAUGCAGUCAAUGUGGCAGUCACCUGGGCCACGUGUUUGAGGAUGGUCCGCCUCCUACCGGCUUGCGCUACUGCAUUAACUCCGCCGCCUUGAUGUUCAACAAACAAACCUAGUUUGAACUACGUCGUGAACCUAGUUUGAACUACGUCGCAUAAGUAGUUUGAACUACGUCGCAAACCUAGUUUGAAGCACGUCGUAAACCUAGUUUGAACUACGUCGCAAACCUAGUUUGAACUACAUCGCAAACCUAGUUUGAACUACGUCGCAAACCUAGUUUGAACUACAUCGCAAACCUAGUUUAAACUACAUCGCAAACCUAGUUUGAACUACAUCGCAAACCUAGUUUGAACUACGUCGCAAACCUAGUUUGAAGUACGUCGUAAACCUAGUUUGAACUACGUUGCAUAAGUAGUUUGAACUACGUCGCAAACCUAGUUUGAAUUACAUCGCAAACCUAGUUUGAACUACGUCGUAAACCUAGUUUGAACUACUUCGUACAGUCAAGGACAGUUGCAUCUUAUCGGAGGCAAUAUAAAAUAUGAAAUGAUGACUUUCCGAACGGCAGCAACAGAAUGGGUUACCCAAGCAGCAUGUUCAUGCAGUACAGCAAAUGAACAAGAUUAGCAUUAGAAUCACAAUACUCAGCAGGCUGCGUCUCUCUUCAUGCUGACCGAGAAUUUUGUGACUUGUGAAGCUUAUUGGCACUUGCGCCGACAGUGACUACAGGUUUACGUGUGCUGCUGUGCUUCCUUUACAACUUACGGUAGUAUAAAAAUUAGAUAACCUCGUAUUAGAAAACGAUUUCGAAGUUCUUCUUGGUUAGUUUGUUCAUCUGGGCUUGAUCGGCCCUGGUGUUUAAAACUACUUCUCGAAUCUUUAUAAGCAACAUUUUCUGACGUAGAGGACUACAUUUUGACCAUCUUCUGACGUUGAAUGCUGUGCCUUUAAGACUCUGAUUGAGAACCGCGAGGCUGCGAAUAGGCUCGGCUCUUCCCUAUGAG